AUGACCCGUGCUACAGCAUGGUUCCACACGGCUCCUUCUUUCUUCAGAAAGGUAAUCGCUAAAGUGGUGGUCUACAACAUCUGGCGGCAGUGGAACAAUGUUUUACAUAACUCCCAGCGUUUGUCUCCUCCUCUUGUCUUCAAGCUGAUUGAUCGUGAAGUUCGCAAUAUUAUUUAUGCUAGGAGAAAGCGAAAGCGGUGGCGUGACCUCAUGAUUCUCUGGAUUCGCUAGUUUUUCAUAUCCUUCCUUUUUAUUGUUGCCUUGUUUUAUUUUUUGCCUUGGCUACUCUUG